UUCCACCCCCUCCGCUCCCUCUCCCACCUCCCGUCCCUCCCUUCCCCCACCACAGCAUCACCGGAAGCAGUGGGGAAGAAACCCUUGCUGAAGGCAGGAAAGUGAAAAUCUUUAGGUCGACCACAGGGGGCUCUGCUGUUGUGGCUCCGCCCUAGCAGAAAGAACUAGAUAGGUGCUCUACGGCCAUUUGGAAGUCGAGCAAAAUGCUGCCGCUACAGGAGCAGAACUCGGUCAGAUGCUGAGCAUCCGUGUUUGGAGGCACUAGAACUGACUAAGUGACGAGAAAUUGAUAACAUCAAGAUGCCAAAAAUAAAAGAAGAUUCUGUGCUCCAGAAUGACUCCAGUGAAGCAGAGAGUAAGGCCUCUGAAUCAUCUGGAAAGACUCAGGAAAACAUAAGUGGCUCUGCAGAUGACCAUCCUCCUGAGAACCAUUGUGCAUCACUUUCUAUCAAAGAGCUGAUAGAAACAAUUAACAAAGUUUCCAAGAUGAGUAUUGCUCAUGAAAUUGUGGUCAACCAGAAUUUCUAUAUUGAAGAGAAAAUGUUACCUCCAGAUAGUGUGCAAGGCAGAUUUGUGGAGACAAUGUACAAUGUUUUGUGGGACCAUCUGAGAGAGCAGCUGUCGCGUACUCCAUCCAACUUUGCGUGUGCUCUUGAUCUACUAAAAGAAAUCAAGGAUAUCUUGCUGUCACUGCUAUUGCCACAUCAGAGCCCCAUACAAUGUGAGAUUGAAGAAGCCCUGGACAUGGAUCGCCUCAAAAAAGACGUAGAGCAGGGGACUUUGGAUGUGCAAAAUCUCUCUAGCUGCAUUCUCAACUUUAUGAUCAUGCUGUGUGCACCAAUUAGAGAUGAAGCAGUGCAUAAACUGGGGAGCAUAACAGAUCCAAUAGAAUUACUGAGGGGUGUUUUUCACGUUUUGGGCCUGAUGAAAAUGGACAUGGUGAACUAUACUAUCCAGAGCCUUCGACCUUACCUGAAGGAGCAUUCUGUUCUCUAUGAACGAGCUAAAUUCCAGGAGCUCCUUGACCGACAGCCCCAUCUCCUGUUUUACACCAAAAAAUGGCUAGCAAAAGCAGCUGCAGACCUCACUACACCAUCUCUAAAUUCUCCUGACUCUGCAAGCUGCUCUUUAAGGAUGGUGGCAUAUUCCCAACAAAAUCAGGAAGCUACCAACUCAGACAUCCCCAGUCCCACAAUGGUGUUGUACCAGGGUUACCUGAACCUUCUUCACUGGGAUCACAAGAAUGAAGAAUUCCCUGAGACUCUACUGAUGGACAGAAUGCGGCUCCAGGAGAUGGCAUCAACAGUAUGCCAGUUAACUAUCCUGACUUCAGUCUUGCUGGUGGCCAGAAGUUUCUCUGGUGGUGUUUUAUUCAGGUCACCUGGAUUUGUGGAUAAACUGAAAGACAUAAUCAACACCCUGAUGGAAGAAUAUAACUCCAGUCCUGAAGAGGCUAUGCUGAGUGUGAAUGAACAAGUGUCUCAGGAAAUCCACCAGGGCCUAAAGAGCAUAGGUCUUGAUGCUUUGAGCCAUGAAAAUAAGAACUCUCUUAAAGGUCAGCUCCAGAACAUUGCCAAGAAAGAGAACUGCAUACGUGUCAUCAUAGAUCAACGGAUCUUUAUGUUUCUCAAAUGCUGUUUGGUUCGUGGCGUGCAAGAGUCUUUACUAGAUGUCCCUGGAGGCCUUAAUUUCAUUGAACAAGAAUUGGCAGACCUGGGCUUGAAAUUUGUCAAUCUGAUGCAUCACAAUCAACAAGUGUUUGGUCCAUUUUAUACCAAGAUCUUAAAAAAUAUCUUCCCUCCAACCCAGGUCCAAGAACCAAAAGAGGAGUAUAAUUAGAUUAGAGCCCAGUCAUGGCAACAAGGACCCAGGAAAAGGUGUUCACUUAGUUCCUGGGAUAACAUCACCUGUGGCUGCCAGAAUAUAGGGCUGCGUGUAAAUGUCAACUGACCCUCUUCCCUUCAUUAAUAAACCUUUGAGUUGC